AGUGUUGGCGAUGACGAGAGUGGGUGAGGGAGUGUUGCUGCUGUAGUGUGUGGCGGAAGGAAGGAAGGAAGGAAGGAAGGAAAAGUUCGCGAGGUUUUUUUUUUUUUUUAAGGUUUUAGGAUUUUAAGGAACGAAUCUCAACUUCUCAACGAAACCAUGAUGGGAAUGCCGCUUAAGAACAGAAAGGCCAAGGUGGACAAGCCAAGGCCGCUCAAACUAUGCACACUAGGGGACCAAUCCUUGGAGAGUGUGCUGCAGGAGAUGGAUGGGGUGGCACAGUACCUCAACUCUUCCACAUGUGACCGCUCAGCCUAUCCUGCAGUGGUGGCACUGUGCGAGAACCUCAAGAUGUUUGGCCCCCAGCUGGAGAAUGUGUACAAAGACCAGCUGGAUAAGUGCUACAUCUCCCUUCGCAAUGGGUGCCGAGAUGACCGUCUGAGCCUUGCUGUGCGUUACCGCUUGCUGGAGGUGAUAGAGCUGCGGGCGAUGCACUGGCAACCCAAUGAAAACCUCAUCAACUACUACAAACAAAAGCUGGUGCAGAUUGAGGCAGAGGAGGCAGCACUGGAAGAGCAGAACACCGGCGACACAUCAGGCCAAAGCACCCCUGGCAUUACCUUCACCCCAACCACCACCACCUCCUCCCUGGUGAUCCCUGGCCUGCAGCCUUUCCAGCAGACCAUCUACAGCCAACUCCCUCAGCAGACCCCCACACAGCCUUCCACCCAGACCCCUGCCACCCCCACCCUCCUCGGCCCUGGGGAAAUCAUCAAGAAUUCUGGAAAGUUUGCCAAGCCGACUAGAAUCCCUGGCAAGAAUUACUGCAAAGAUGAGGUGGUGAUCCGCAAUGCUGAUUCUGGGAAAGUGAUGGGAAUAAAGGGCCGCCGAGUGCACAUGAUUGAGGAACUCUCAGAGACCAUCAUCUCCUUCCAGCGAGUGGCUCCAGGGGCAAGGGAGAGGCUGGUGCAGAUCACAGGACCUGCUGAGGAGAAUAUCAACCAGGCCAAGCAGCUAAUAGAGGAGACCAUUCGACGCAAUGCUUCCCCAGUGCGCAGUGAUGAGAGAAGCGGCAGUGGCAGCGGGUCCAUAUUUACUUCCCUUGGGGGCUCUUCCUCCUCUAUCUCCUCCCACACCUCUGAUGAGACCCUGCAAGUCCUUCGCAAGCAGCUGUCUAUGGAUGAGUUAGCUCUGUGGUCUAAACGGAACACACUAGUGCACAGUCAGUCAGUGGGAGAGGAACCACUGGGGGAGUACCGCUACACUGUCACCCGAGGAGCGGACGCCCUGCGCAUCACUGGCACUAACCUGCAUCUUGUCAGGACAGCAAAGUUGGUGUUGGAUGAGUUUUUCAAUGGUGAACGUAACCUCAACAAUAUUGCUGCUCUACUGGGUGCUGAUGGGGCCUGUGAUCACCCCCCAUCUGCUGAGUCCCCCACCACCCCAGGCUGUGCUCCUGGCCCCCACUCCCCCACUACCCCCACCACCACCUCCCAGGCCCACCACCAGCCCCCAUCCCCCACUGCAGAGGUGGAUGCCAACACUGACAGCAUGAAGGGAAGUGUGGUGACUGUCCUCCGCCAGCCUCUCUUCCCCUCAUCCUCCAAGGAGGCCAUAGAGAGUGCCGAGUCUGGAUCACAGCCUGGCGACCAAAGCUCCAAGAACCGCCGUGCCCUUUUCCAGAAGACCAGCGAGGACCGAGCCAAUGGGGAGGACAUACCAGGAGCCACCACCACUACCACCACCUCCACUACCACCACCACCACCACCACCACCCUGCCUGACGCUGCCCCAGACCACCUCCCAACACCACCAUCACCACCACCACCUCGCCGGUUUUAUACACGUGAUUUCUUGGUGAAAUGUGCCAACUCACCACUGAGCCAGAGAACACCUGUGAAUUGGUCUGCGGUGGUGAGACAGAUGCCGGUGGUGAUGAAAAAGAGCUGGCAGUACAUGGCCGGUGUAACAGCAACUCUGAAUGAGCAAGGGGAGGCGGCCAUCAGUGGGGUGCCAACAUACAUGCAGAAGUGUGACCUAGAGGACGCCUCAGUGCUGGCCACGAGGGAGCUCACCUGGACACUCAUCCGCUCCAUGUCCAUACAGGAGGAGGAUGACAACGGCAAUGCCUCCUAGUGUGUGUAUGUGUGUCUGAGUGUGCGGCUGUAUACUCACAGCUAAUUAAUUGUUCUUACCUAAUUCUGUGUGUGUGUGUGUGUGUGUGUGUGUGUGUGUGUGUGUUAAGCCUGGUAUAGUGUUGUAGUGUAGUAUAUAUGGGUUUCUUGAGUCACACACUUAAUACUCAUAGAAUAGCCUCUCAUGAUAUUUUAGUAUGUAAGCAAGAUUGUGUAUGUGUGUGUGUGUGUGUGUGUGUGUGUGUGUGUGUUAU